AUGCCUUGGACCAAAGAGAUUAUCGCCGCACGCAAUGCACUUCUUAGGACGCACUAUGGACAAUUCAACAACCUCGUCAAGAACGGUCCAGAGUGGACGAAACUCGCGGAGUCUGGACGCGUCUGGGACUCGAUCUACAACAUCAGGAACAAGGCGCCAUGGCUAGCGGCGCAAAAGGAAUUGGAGGGAGAGUUGCGCAGAUUAGACAGUUUGCGGGAAAAAGUCCACCUAGGUGGCAAGGAGAGAUCUCCAUUGAACAUUCUGCAAGAUACUUCAGAGUUUUGCAAUAACGUUCUUGCUAAUUUCUCCUGGAAAAGCUGCAUGAUAGAGAAAAACCCCCUGUCUUUGGCGACUGCAAGAACUGUCGAGGCAGCUAUACCAAAGAUAACGUCAAAGAGCGCGCGCGUAUUCGAGGAGGCGAUAAAACUUCGCCUACCAUCAGCAGAAGAAUUGGUGCGAUUAGAUCACGGUGACACCGCAGAUGCAGAUCAUUAUCUGGAGUUACGCAACAAUAUCGUUGCGACACAAGCCGCAUUGUCCAGUGGACAUUUAGAACGGGUAAUAAAGCCCGAGGAGCUGCUCGAAAACAUACGAGCAAUAUCACGAAUACUCUUUCUGGGGACGAAAGUCCAUUUCAAGGCUGGCAAGCUACGCACCAUGCCUAUCCAGGUUCAUUCGGACCCCAACACGAUCUUCCCGUAUCCUCCAGAAUUGCGCCAAAAUCUCCAAUGGUGGUCAGAGUUUGUUGGGGAGGACAUCCCCGAAAUUCACCCUCUGUUCAGAGCAGCAUGGGACAGUUUUUACUACGUGAGCAUACAUCCAUUCCCAGAUGGCAAUGGGAGGACUUCGCGCAUUCUCUUCGCAAGUCACGUCGCCAAAAACGGGAUGCUACCCGUCAUAUGCUCAGAGAGCAUUCUCAGAGAACAGUACUUGCAAUUCCUGAACACAGCAAGAUCUGGGAACCCACUCCCCUGGUGUCAAGAUCUCGUUCGGUCGCAGAUUGCGGCACUAGAGGGUUCGAAUUAG